AUGUCUCACAAAACCUAUAACGAUCUAUUCAAAAAUACUCAAGAUAUUUUAAAUGAAACCCUACAGCUCGAACCGGUCCAGGCCGAUAGGAGAGAAGACAGGGAACUUCUGGCAACGUUGUAUGUAAAAUACAUCGGUGUAGCUAACAGAUUGACCGUAUGCGUUGAUCAAGUUGUACAGCCACAAAAACUGAUACUUAUAAAAAAAUUAUUAGAAGCUACGUUGGGAAGAAUAUUAGAAAUAAAAGCGGAUUUAGUAGAAGCGGAUUUGAAUGAAUUCACUCAUUGCGGAAAUAUAAUAGAAAAAUUGAAAAUCACACCGACAGAUAGAGAAUUAGUUGUUCCGACAUGUUUUAGAAACGAAAGAAAAGAAGAAAUAGAAUACAAUACGAGGGUAAUAGAUGAAGUCCUUUCAAAAUUAGGUUAUAUUGAUAAAACGACGAAGAAACCCCCUAUGACCCAGCAUCAAGCGAUCUUAAUAAUACAAAAGCACGAAAGGGCUCGGCAAGGGAGAUUACGACAACAAUUCAUGAAAGAAAUCAGGAUGAUGAAAGAAAAGAGUAAACCGACACAAGAAGACAUAGAGGAAGAAGCUAAAAGAGGAGGAAUCAGUUUAUCUGCCGCUUUGAAAAUACAAAAAAUAUGGAGGGGAUACAUCACCAGAAGAGCUACUAGAAGAAGGAAGAUACAGGAGAUGUUGCUGAUUGGUAUGAUACCGCCGCUGAAGACUAAAAGCGACGAAAUCGAGAAAGAUUUGGAAAAUAAAAAUUAUAGACGAAAAUUACAAAUAGAACGGCGUAAAGAAUACGAAGAAUCGGUUAAACAAAUAAGAAAUAAUUUAGAGAUAAAUCAAAGAGGCGCAGUUUUAGAACAAUUAAGCGACCAAGUGAGAAAUUGGUUACAAGAAUAUAAAAUUUCGACUGGGAAAAUUCCUGAAUAUACAGGAGACGAUAGAAGUGCUUCGAGGACACUAUUCAGCAGACAAGGUACUGAAAGUGAAUUGAGCAAAUCGACUCAAAUAUCAUCGAAAGAAUCUAGAACUAAAAAAGGCUUCAAAGGUAAAGAGAACAAAACUGAUAAGGUCGAAGACGAAGAUCAAACUACCAAAGCGAUUUUAUCUACUUUUGUACCAGAAUUGAACCUAAGAAAAGAAGAAUACGAUGAAAUCUGGAGAAAUAAGGACGAAUCUGAUAACUUUCGACAAUAUCAUUAUAAAAAUAUUAUCGAACAAGAACAGAUGAUGGAAAUGGAAAACGAGCUAAGAAAAGUCGUAGACGAGAUGAUGAGAGCCGAGUUAGAAUUACUCCAGGAGGCGUUUGAUAGAGAUAGAGGACAUAAAGGUAAGAAAAAAUCUAGUAAAAAAGCGAGAAGAGCGGGUAAAAAAAGUAAAAAGAAAAAAGAAAAAGAUUUGACACCCGACAGAACAACGGAAUCUUUAUUCGAAGAAUUGGUAGCAAACGGAAUAAUCAAAAGAUACCCAAAAGUGGAAAUUACGGAUUUCCAAGGUGAAAUUUCCUAUUAUCCCCCUGCGAAACACAACAUCGGGAAAGAUCCCCCGAUAGCCCUCGGGGAUUUACGUCAACUUCUCACAGAAUAUUGCAUCAUACCAUUUUUGACUCCAAAUCUACACCAAACUACCCCUCAUAUCAAAUCUCUCCUUUUAAGCGGGAGUAAAGGUAGCGGGAAAAAAAUGUUGUUGCAUGCUAUAUGUACGGAAACAGGUGCGGUGUUGUUCGAUAUAACGCCGUCGAAUAUCGUCGGAAAAUAUCCCGGAAAAUCGGGGUUAAUCAUGUUGAUACAUUUGAUAUCGAAAGUGUCGAAGUUGUUGCAGCCUAGUAUUAUAUAUAUGGAUAAUGCUGAAAGGCCGUUUGUUAAAAAGAUUCCUAAAACUGACAAGAGCGACCCCAAACGACUGAAAAAGGAUUUACCAAAAAUUAUAAAAAGUUUCAGUCCAGACGACAGAGUUAUGUUGAUAGGUACGUCAAAUUUUCCAUGGGAAUGCGAUCAAAAACUGUUGCAACAAGUCUAUCAAAAAUUCGUUAUGAUACCACCUCCGAACUACAGUUCCAGGUACAUAGCUUGGAGUAAAUUACUUGGUGAAUAUAUGCCCGUCAAUUGGCAAUUUGACAUCGGUUUGAUGACCAGAAUAUCAGAUGCGUACACUAUAGGGUCUAUAAUAAGCACAAUUAAAGAAGUGAUGACGGUAAAAAGGAUGCUGCAGCUACGAAUACAUCCUCUUAGUCCUUUGGAGUUGGUAAACGCUUUAAGUAAGCGAAUUCCAAUUUAUAAAGAAGAGGAGGAUUGUUUCGAACAGUGGUGGUCGAAAGUACCUAUUGUGAGAAAGAGAGCCAGAGCUGUGGAAUUAUUGUUAGAAGAACAAGCAGAAAUGCAAGCUAAACAACAAGCUAACGCUAAAAAGAAAAGUUGACUGAUUCGUAGACUUUAUGAGAUUUGUAAUACAAUACAAAACGUCCUGAGUACGUCACUGACAAAAACUUCAAGAUGGCGAUGACAUCUAUACCUAGCGGCAACGGCGUUGUCAGUUUUCAAUAUAUAAAUAAUGUGUUUAUUAAUUUUGAUAAAAAAUUUAGAACU